GAGAGAGAGAUGAUUGUGCUAUAGUGAGCUCUGUAGGCUUGUGACUGAGGAGGCGGAACUACUGCACACCACCAGGCCAUCAGUAGUGACUACUUGGUGCCCGAUGGCUGCUCCACCCAGUGCUGUAAAUUCAAACAACUUUCUUCCUUUAUCUCACUGUGAUACCUGACACUCUCUUGGACGGUUUGUGGCUGCGAGUUUUGGUAUUCUUUUAUUUCCUUUUUUUAUUGUUGAUCUAUUUGUUAAUUAUUUUUAGCGAACUUUUAAAACAUUACCAGUACUCGAACUGUUGCGCUCGAGGCGGAGCGUCCUUACAGAAGGAGGUGAGUUCGCAGCAGGAGCAAACUUCUAACGGGACUUAUGAGACCGAGACAGGCAUCAUGACCUGGCUUUCGUUAAGAAUGUUACUCCUUGUGACUCUCUUCAGCUUCUGUCGGCUUAAUCAGUUUGCUGAAGAAUCACGAAGUGUACCAGAUCCAGAUGUUGUCACCAAUCUCAUGGUCUCUAACAAAACCCCAUCAUCUGUGUCUCUAACCUGGAAUGAGCCAAAUGGAACCUGGUCCUACUUUAAUGUAAACUGGACUGAUGGCAGUGUGACUAACAGCAGUAACACUUCAAACACAUCUUACACUGUCACUGGUCUGACUGCUGGAGUGAACUAUACAUUCACUGUUACUACAGUAGCUGCAGAUGGACAGACUGCAGGAGCACCAACUCAAAUCUCAGCAUUCACAAAGCCAGAUGUUGUCGCCAAUCUCACUGUCUCAAACAAAUACACAUCAUCUAUGUCUCUAACCUGGAAUAAGCCAAAUGGAACCUGGUCCUACUUUAAUGUAAUCUGGACUGAUGGCAGUGUGACUAACAGCAGUAACACUUCAAGCACAUCUUACACUGUCACUGGUCUGACUGCUGGAGUGAACUAUACAUUCACUGUUACUGCAGUAGCUGCAGAUGGACAGACUGCAGGAGCACCAACUCAAAUCUCAGCAUUCACAAAUCCAGAUGUUGUCACCAGUCUUACUGUCUCUAACAAAACCACAUCAUCUGUGUCUCUAACCUGGAAUGAGCCAAAUGGAACCUGGUCCUACUUUAAUGUAACCUGGACUGAUGGCAGUGUGACUAACAGCAAUAACACUUCAAGCACAUCUUACACUGUCACUGGUCUGACUGCUGGAGUGAACUAUACAUUCACUGUUACUGCAGUAGCUGCAGAUGGACAGACUGCAGGAGCACCAACUCAAAUCUCAGCAUUCACAACCUGCUUCCUGUAG